AUGUUGCUAUAUGCUGGAAAAGCUUCGAGAACUAGUUUUAAAUACUUCAUCUUUCUAGACACAGUAAAAAAGUUAAAACAAUGAAGUCAAUCAGCAGGUAAGACUAACAUUAAUAGUAGAACCUCAGAGACUAUACGCAACAGUACUGAACAUAUAAAAAAUAUAUCUAUUCAUGUACCUAGACACUUAAAACCUUUAAAUGAUGAACAACUUGGGCAUUACUUAGCUGGACUAAUAGACGGGGAUGGACAUUUUAGUUCUCAACAACAAUUGGUAAUUGUUUUUAGUUCAACAGAUAUUCAAUUAGCUUAUUAUAUAAAGAAAACAAUAGGUUACGGUUAUGUAAGAAAAGUUCAAGAUCAAAAUGACUACUUAUAUAUCAUAUCUAAUAAGGAUGGUAUAUUAAAAGUAAUCCAUUUAAUUAAUAAUAAAUUGAGAACUGUUAAUAAAUAUAAUCAAGUUACUAAUUUCUUAAAGGAUUCAAACGAAAAUUUAGAAUUUGGUAUGAAUAAUACUAAAGCUUUUGCUAAUUAUUGAAUAGCAGGAUUUUCUGAUGCAGAUGGUAGUUUUCAUAUUAAUAUUCUUAAUAGAGAAGAAAGAUCUAAACCUGAGAUUAGAUUGAACUUUCAAAUAGUGGCUUCAGAGGAAAAUUCUCUAUUAUUAAUUAAAGAAGCAUUUGGUGGUAACAUAGGUUAUAGUAAAAGUCAUGAUACUUACUUCUAUGGAUCAACUAGCUGAGGUUCAGCUAAAAAAGUAAUAAGUUAUUUUGAUACUUAUCAUUUACAAUCUAGUAAAUAUCUUCAUUAUCUUAAAUGAAGAAAAGUAUAUAUAAUGUUACAAAGUCAAGAUCAUUUAACGGAACUUAGUUUAGGAAAAAUCCAAAAGAUACAAAAAUCAAUGAAUAGAAGUUUCGGUAUAAUUAGUACAACAAUCUCAGCUAACUCAAGCAAACCUAUAUUCGGUAACAUAGGUAUGGUCAUUCGUAGGCCUACGUUAACUAAUAAUGACGUUAAACCUCUUUAUAUGCUGGAAACCUCUAAGACCUUAAAUACUAGUAAUGUUAAAUUUAAUAGUGAAAAAGUUAAGGAUAUUACAAUGAGUAAUCAGCAG